AUAACAAAACUGCGAAAGACUCGUGACUAUGUUGUGCCCAGAAACUGCUCUCUUUAUACCAGACUUAUUAUACAUACAAUUAUACACACUCUCUCCACUAUCUCAUUCUGUGUGCCGUUUCCACACAUAACCUACGUACAUGUUUCUUCUCACUGGAUGCAUAUUUCUAUAAAUACCCACAAUUAUUCUGCAUUAUCCCAUAUUAAUAUCUCUCUUACCAAAUACAAACAGAGAGAGAUUAACAGAAACAGAGAGAGAUUGGGAGAGAGUGGGAGAGAGUGGGAGAGAUUGGGAGAGAUUGACAGAGAGUGGGAGAGAUUGGGAGUGAGAGAGAUUUAGAGAGAGAUGAAGCAACAGCAGCAAGACACGGCGGUGCCGGAGGAGAGAUGCUCGGUGGAAGAGGUGGCCCUGGUGGUUCCAGAAACAGAUGACACAUCUCUCCCUGUGAUGACAUUCAGGGCAUGGUUCUUGGGGCUCACAUCAUGCAUAAUUCUCAUUUUCUUGAACACUUUCUUCAUAUACAGGACACAGCCCCUGGCUAUAUCAGCCAUACUCAUGCAGAUUGCUGUGUUGCCUGUGGGGAAACUCAUGGCGGCUACUCUCCCCACAAAGAGUUAUAGUUUGAUGGGGAGGAGUUUCAGUUUGAAUCCAGGGCCUUUUAAUAUGAAGGAGCAUGUGAUUAUCACUGUGUUUGCUAAUUGUGGGUUUUCCAUGGGUGGUGGUGAUGCUUAUUCUAUUGGUGCUAUUACUGUUAUGAAGGCUUAUUAUAAACAAUCCUUGAGUUUCCUUUGUGCCAUCAUUCUUGUCCUUACUACUCAGAUUGUUGGUUAUGGAUGGGCUGGUAUGUUGAGGAGGUACUUGGUUGAUCCGGUUGAGAUGUGGUGGCCUUCAAUUGUGGCACAGGUCUCUCUGUUCAGAGCACUUCAUGAGAAGGAAACAAACAAGAAGGGUCUGACUCGGAUGCGAUUUUUCCUUAUUUUCCUGGUUGCCAGUUUUGUUUAUUAUGCACUUCCGGGUUAUCUAUUUCCAAUGCUGACAUUCUUCUCAUGGGUCUGUUGGGUAUGGCCUCGCAGUAUCACUGCUCAGCAAAUUGGUUCUGGUCACAAUGGACUUGGGGUUGGUGCCUUUACAAUUGAUUGGGCUGGAAUCUCAGCUUAUCAUGGAAGCCCCCUAGUUACACCAUGGACUUCCAUUCUCAAUGUUGGAGCUGGUUUUAUCAUGUUUAUAUACAUAAUUGUUCCUCUUUGUUACUGGAAGUUUAACACUUUCGAUGCACAGAGAUUUCCCAUAUUUUCUAACAAGCUUUUUACUGCUUCCGGCCACGAAUAUGAUACUACCAAGAUUCUGACCUCUCAGUUUGAUCUGAACAUUGCUGCUUAUGAGAAAUAUAGCAAGCUCUAUCUGAGCCCUCUGUUUGCCCUAUCAAUUGGAUCAGGAUUCUUGAGGUUUACUGCUACCCUCACCCAUGUUGCGCUAUUCAAUGGCAGGGAUAUAUGGAAUCAAAGCAGGUCUGCAGUGAAGAAUACCAAAGUAGAUAUCCAUACGAAGUUGAUGAAAAGUUACAAAGGGGUGCCUCAGUGGUGGUACCUUAUCUUAUUAGCAGGGAGCAUCGCGUUGUCACUCUUAAUGUUGUUUGUGUGGCAAAAUGAUAUACAGCUGCCAUGGUGGGGUAUGCUUUUGGCGUUUUUCUUAGCAUUUAUAGUUACCCUUCCGAUAGGAGUUAUCCAAGCAACUACCAACCAGCAACCUGGAUAUGACAUAAUUGCUCAAUUUAUAAUUGGGUAUCUUCUGCCUGGAAAACCCAUCGCCAACCUGAUUUUCAAGAUAUACGGAAGAAUCAGCACUGUCCAUGCUCUCUCCUUCUUAUCUGACCUUAAACUAGGGCACUACAUGAAGAUUCCACCACGAUGCAUGUACACUGCUCAGCUGGUGGGUACUCUAGUUGCUGGCACAGUAAAUCUUGCAGUCUCAUGGUGGAUGUUAGAGAACAUAAAGGAUCUCUGUGAUAUAGAAUCAGCACAUCCAGAUAGCCCUUGGACCUGUCCCAAAUUCAGAGUCACCUUUGAUGCCUCCGUCAUCUGGGGCCUGAUUGGACCAGAGCGUUUGUUUGGAUCAGGAGGAUUGUACAGAAACUUGGUAUGGUUAUUCCUAGUGGGAGCUCUUUUGCCAGUACCAGUUUGGAUUUUGAGCAAAGUCUAUCCAGACAAGAAAUGGAUUCCACUUAUAAACAUACCAGUUAUAUCAUAUGGCUUUGCUGGAAUGCCACCAGCAACACCUACAAACAUUGCUAGCUGGCUUAUCACAGGAUUCUUCUUCAACUUUUUUGUGUUCAAGUAUCGGAAAGGAUGGUGGCAGAGAUAUAACUAUGUUCUGUCUGCUGCAUUGGAUGCGGGGACAGCAUUCAUGGGUGUUCUCCUGUUCUUUGCUCUGCAGAAUGAAGGCAUAAAUCUGAAGUGGUGGGGAACGGAGCUUGACCAUUGUCCGUUGGCAACUUGUCCAACUGCGCCUGGCAUCAGUGUUCCUGGAUGCCCCGUUUUCUAGUUGCCUGCAGAUCAUAGCCCAUGUAUAGAAGAAAGGAAUGGGUAGUAAAAACACAAGAUGGAAUGAAGAUCACUAUUUAGUAGUCUUAUUAAAGCAAGUGCUAGUGUCUAAUAGCCUUUAGACUAUUGAAGUGAGCAAUUUAUCUUUAUCUUGUAUCAGUUGAAUUGUGUUGGGCACAGCUCUGAUGUUACAAUUUUCUGUUCCUUGAUCA